GUGAAUUGUUUCCCCCGGAGCUGCGUUUAGAGUGCAGAUUCAUCUCUCUGUCAUGGCGCAUUGAAAACGACCUCCUGAUAAAGAGUUUCUUUUCUUCUCCGUCAUACUUCAGCAGAAUUAGCAUCGAGUUGGGAUCGAGCUCGCCGCACUGCGAGAAGAAAACGCGCCGCGCAGGACUGAGAGGAACCGAGGACGCGGAGUGAGCUAGCUAGCUUAGCCGGGGCUGUGUAACGGUGCUAUGGCGGAGGUAGCGGGGCCGUCCAGUGAGACGAUCACGGAGACGGUGCAGACGGGAACACCGCCGCCGCCCCAGCAGGAAGGAAGAAGCUUGACCAUCAAGCUCCGAAAGAGGAAGACUGAGAAGAAGGUCGAGUGGUCCAGCGAUACGGUGGAUAACGAACACAUGGGUCGCAGGUCCUCCAAGUGUUGCUGCAUUUACGAGAAGCCGCGGCAGUUUGGCGAGUCGUCCUCAGAGAGCGAAGGGGAAGACGAGGAAGGAUGCGGCAGCGCGCACUGCAUCCUGGGCCACGGCAAAGGACAGGGACAGAGAGGCAGCGACGGCGGCGGCAGCGGCGGUUCCACUACGCCCCCUAGCUCUGGUGGAACAAACCCUCACUAAUCAGGAAUGAAAGCUGGUGGCGGAAAAAAAAAAAAAAAACGGGUGGACGUGCCCAUAAUUUUACAUCCGACUACUCACAUUGAUAUAAAGUCACUGCGUCGCUGUGUUUUAAAUUGCGGUCCGAUGCAGAGCAGAAGCGUUUAGAUAAUAUAAUGCAGGUUGAUUUCUUUUUAAUCUUUUUUUUAUUUUUUUUUGCUGCCAUUGUGAUUUAGUAAGAAAUCUUUCGAAUAUUGUCUGUUUUUGGGGAUUUGUUGUACAUAAGAUAUAGGUUUUAAUUAUUUUGUAUUUUUUUUUGUAUAUUUUUUUGCUGCAACGUUAAGCUCGGUUCUGUCUCAUUUUAAUUCAAGUAAAACAAUCGAGACGCCUCGGUGAAGCUCGACCAAGCGAUUAUCGUUAAAAAUACUGAAUAAAUGAAUAAAAACAUUUGGGGGGAAAAAGAGUAGAUCGAUUAGACGAUGAUUUAGAAAACAUUCCAUUCCAAAGACUUGAGGUGGAACGAGGCCACGGUGCCCUGGUGCUCGAGCGACAGAUCGUAAUAGUGUUAUAGCGAGAGAUAUUCGAGCGUAUGGAAUUUCGCUUUUCGUUUUAUUUCCAUCCCUUUCGUGAUUAAGUGAUGCACUUCCUCCCCGGUGCGAUGUUGACGUUAAUAUGUUUUCGCUCGUUCACGUUUUUUCUUUACGUCAUCGCGUUUCUCACUCUACCGAUUGGUUUUUUUUUUAGACAAUCAGACAAGCAAAGCUAAUAAAAGCAUCGUGCAUGUACGUACCGACGGCAGGAAGCUUCACAGUGGCGCCGAAAUGACGUCUGUAUUCAGGAAGACAAAAAAUGGAUCGAAGGACAGAACGUUCCAACCAGAACCAUACGAGAAAACAUUGUAGAAUCCCAGUGAUGUCAGCAUGUUCAGUAAUAAACCGAUGAAAAAGUGUUUGGUA